AUGUCAACGGAAUCGGAUAAGCGCGCCACCGUGAUUGAUUUUAAAUCGCUGAAAGCCCGGUAUGCUUCUCCUUCAGAGUCUACUUCAUCAGCAGGUCGGUCUGAUGAGCUCCAUCAAUCACAGCAUGAUCUCCAAUCGAAAAGUACAAGCAAGAGAAAAGCUCCUCCAGCUCAGAAGUGUACCAGGAAGCUUCUGAAGAGCCCUCAAAGAAGCCUCGGUCUCCCCCAGAUCGUUGAGUCUGGAGUUCAGUUGCUAAUCAUCCAGAAUGAAUCUCCGUGGGACACGUUUCUGAAGGUGUUCAACUGCAAGCUUGCCGGCACUGUCACCAUCACUGUCCACCGUACUCGUCCGUCCCGAGUUGUGGCCAUUCGGGAAUAUCCUAUGGGAGAUGCAGAGAGGAUGUUACAGAAAUUCAGGCAAGUCCAACAUCAAAACAUCAUCUCCGCCAGGGAGUGCUACAGUGACAAAGAAGCCAUGUAUGCUCUGGUUGAUGAUCUUCCUCUCACUCUCGUGCAACUGGUUGGCUGCCGUGCUUACCCCAGCGAGAGUCAGUUGGCUUCGAUCAUUGAACAGGCCUGGAUGGGUCUGUCAAAAUCACUGGCUUAG